AUGGCGACCAAAACCGUAGCUGUACUCAAUGAAAACGAACUCAAGGACGGCGAGAUGAAGCAGGUCGCCUUCGAGGACGGCGAAGUGUUAGUUUCAAGGAUAGGAGAUGAGAUUCACGCAACAAGUGCUUUCUGCACGCAUUAUGGGGCGCCGCUUGCAAAGGGAGUGCUCACCUCUGAUGGUCGAGUUGUCUGCCCAUGGCAUGGAGCAUGUUUCAAUGUUUGCAACGGCGACAUCGAAGAUGCGCCCGCGCCAACGGCUUUGCAUUCAUUCAAGGCUUUCAUCUCGGACGGGAAAAUAAAUGUUACUGCAGAUCCAAAGAACACCACCAAGGCCAACAUAUCUCGACCUCCCAAAAUUAUGGCGCCAGAAUCAACGGCAGCAGGUCACGGUCAAGGUGUCGUGAUCGUUGGCGGUGGAGCGGGUGCCUUCCACACCAUCGAAUCCCUAAGGGAAAACGGAUAUAGUAAACCAAUCCUGCUGCUCUCGAAGGAGCCCCACGUACCCAUUGACAGGACGAAGCUCAGCAAAUCAUUGGCGACUGAUGUCUCCAAACUGGAAUGGCGCUCUGCCGCUGAAUUGAAGUUGAGGUUCGGGGUAACGAUCCGUACCGACGCCGAAGUAAAAUCCGUGGACCCUCAAGCCAAGUCGGUGACGCUUGUGUCUGGAGAGUCAUUCUCGUACGACAAGCUGGUGUUGGCGCCUGGUGCGAACCCCAGAGUGUUGCCCAUUCCAGAGUUACGUGGCGAAGACGGUCAACUCCGUGAGAACGUCUUCACCUUCCGAGGCAUGGCAGACUCUGUCAAAGUUGACAAAGCUGCGAAGGAAGGAAAGACGGCUAUUGUAAUUGGUUCAUCGUUCAUCAGCAUGGAGUUGGUGAUCACCAUGAGCAAAAGAGGACUAAGCGCAAUUCACGUCAUCGGCCUUGAAGACGUGCCAUUCGAAGCUGUCUUGGGUAAGGAAGUCGGGGCAGGGAUCAUGAAGUACCACCAAGCGAAUACUCCAAUCAUCCAAUUUCAUAUGGCGUCCAGCGUCACGCGCGUCCUAACAUCCCCGGGGAACCCGAAAACUGUCGAUGGUGUCGUCUUCAAGACCAAAGGCACCGAGGGCCAGGAAACAGAGACUGAACUCAAGGGCGACUUCGUUGUCCUUGGCGUCGGCGUAGCACCAGCAACCGACUUCCUCAAGAACACAUUCCAGCUAGAGAAGGAUGGCGGCAUCAAAGUGGACGAGUACCUGCGCGUGGGUGGGAGCGGCGAUAUUUUUGCCAUCGGAGAUAUCGCGGUGUACCCGCAACUGGGCAGCCCUGAAGGAGAGUUUAGACGCGUUGAGCAUUGGAAUGUAGCAAGUAACCAUGGAAGGGCGGUGGGUAAGACAAUUGCCGCAGCCGCUCAGCCAUUCGUGAAAGUUCCUGUAUUCUGGAGUGCUCAGGGACAGCAGUUGCGCUACUGUGGCGUCGGCAGCGGACAUGACGAAGUAAUCAUUAAAGGUGAUCCCGCAGCCAUGAAGUUCAUUGCAUAUUACGUCAAGAAGAAUGCCAUCGUCGCAGUCGCCUGCGCGCAAAGUGAUCCAGUGAUGGGGAAAGCCAGCGAGUUGAUGCGACUCGGCCUCAUGCCCAGUCCAGAGGAAGUGCGUAACGGAAAGGACUUGUUGACUAUUGACAUCUCCUCGGAGGCGACCAAACCCAAGGUAGCAUCCUAA